GCGGGCGUUGGCGCUGGGCGAGGAUCCCGGGCCGUGCUGGAGCGCGCCUGGCUGGCCCUGAGGGUCGGUGCUGGGUGCGUGGUGUGUGCGCUCCGUCUGGGAAGGCCCUGCAGACCCGGGCUGGGGAGCGGCUGGUGUCCUAGGUGCAGAGAAGCUUUCUGCGACAGAGGGCCCGCAGGCCGGGUAGGGGGCCGGGCGCGUCCCGAAGCUGCGGAUCUGCUGACCUGGGCCCAACUUAGGCUGCACUUGUUUCGUCCGUUGAGCGCAAUUUUAAGCAGGUGUUGAAGGAGACCGUGGAAAGGAAGUUCUCCAGGGCAGAGAGCGCAAGCCGGCUGACGCUGGGGAUGGCGACAGCAUUGGCUAAUGCCCAUUCCCCAGCUCCUCUGAAUCUGAAGAAGAAGGGGCUUCGGAUAGUGAAGGAGGAUCCCUGCUCUACUUGGGAACAGGGAUUCAAGCUGCCAGGAAACAGCACCGGCCUUGGACAAGAACCGCUGUGCAAACAGUUCAGGCAGUUGCGAUAUGAAGAGACCACAGGACCCCGCGAGGCGCUGAGCCGGCUCCGGGAGCUCUGCUGUCAGUGGCUGCGGCCCGAGACGCACAGCAAGGAGCAGAUCGUGGAGCUGCUGGUGCUGGAGCAGUUCCUGACCAUCCUGCCCGAGGAGCUGCAGGCUCGGGUGCGGGAGCACCACCCGGAGAGCGGCGAGCAGGUGGUGACUGUGCUGGAGGAUUUGCAGCCAGAGCUUGGAGAAGCAGGACAACAUGUGGGCCCAGACCAGGCAAAGAAGCAGAAGAUGCUCGCAGAGGAGGCGGCCCCUGUGGAAGCAGCGCGGGAGCCGCAGGUCCAGGCUGAGCGUGACGUCCCAAAGCCUGAAGAAGAGAAGGGUGAGGAGACAAAGAUUGAGAAUGGGAAGACGGUGGUAGAGACAGAUUUUUGUGGAGGAGUGGAAUCAUCUGGGAAAGUAUCUGAACCCAUAGAACCUCGUCAUGAGGACCCUAACUUGGAAGGGCAGCAGGUCAAGCCCAAGGAGAAGACUGAAUAUAAAUGCUCAGACUGUGGGGAGGGAUUCACCCAGUGCUCAGACCUGAUUAGACACGAAGGGACACACACACAAGGGAAGCUCUGUGAAUCUGAGGCUUGUCAUAGUCCUAGUCCUACGGCACAUCAGAAAAUCCGCUCUAGAGAGAAAGGUCAUCAGUGUCACGAGUGUGGGAAAGCCUUUCAGAGAAGUUCACACCUUGUCAGGCACCAGAAAAUCCAUCUUGGAGAGAAGCCUUAUCAGUGCAAAGAGUGUGGAAAGGUCUUUAGUCAGAAUGCAGGCCUUUUGGAACACCUCAGAAUCCAUACUGGAGAGAAACCUUACCUGUGCAUCCAUUGUGGGAAGAACUUCAGGCGCAGCUCCCACCUCAACCGACACCAGAGAAUUCACAGCCAGGAGGAGCCCUGUGAGUGCAAGGAGUGUGGGAAGACCUUCAGUCAGGCCCUUUUCCUCACCCACCACCAGAGAAUCCACAGCCACUCCAGAAGCCAUCGCUGUAACGAGUGCGGGAAAGCCUUCAGUUUGACCUCGGACCUUAUUCGCCAUCACAGGAUUCACACUGGAGAAAAGCCUUUUAAGUGUGCCAUAUGCCAGAAAGCCUUCCGACUGAACUCCCACCUGGCUCAGCACGUGAGAAUCCACAACGAAGAAAAACCCUAUGAGUGUAAUGAAUGUGGCGAAGCCUUCAGGCAGAGGUCGGGUCUUUUUCAGCAUCAGAGAUAUCACCACAAACACAGUCUGGCUUGAUGGGGCAUCCUCUCUGCAAGGAACAUGACGGACAGUAUGUUGACAAGCAAACAGCACUUUAGGAAGAGUCACUCCAGCCAAUUCUAGCCUCAGAGAACUCCAGGGGGCCAAGCGGGAGGCUCUUGUCCCUUCACUUGUGCUCAGCCUUGGACCAGAAUGAUUUGAUCCUCGAUGGGACUGUGGGAACAAGCAAAGCAACAUUCUUCACUGCAGGACUUCUCUGAGCCUUUAACAUGGUAAAUGCAUGAUUGCACACCUCCCAAGUAGUAGAGAGCCUCAUGAGUGAGGGCUUGAAGUCAGCAGUGAGUCAGUCAAGUAUCCACGGAUUUAUAGGCUUGAACAGAACAAGAGCAGGUCAGUAUUUUUGCAUCUGCUACAGCAACAGCUAUAAAAUAAAACUAAUGAUGUUUGGAAAUACACCACUCUCAAAGUGCAGGUUAAUGGUGGGCAUUUUCCCCCACUGGUUUUACUAACCAACCCCUACUGGCAUCCCCCCAACUUUCCCCACCCCCAGUCAGCAGAAGCAUUUUGGAAAGCAAAGAAAAUUUAAUUUGACCACUUCCCACCCCAUUCUUGCCACAAUACUUCACUGAUUCAAGUUGGAAAUCAAGGUUUUACUUAAAGUGUGGAAGACAUUUCAUAAGUCAUUUGAAUGAAUUCAGGUAGCAGCUGUCUUACUUGAUAACUCCGGUGCCAGGAUAGUUGGCUCCUGCAUAGACACUGUUUAGUAAGUGGGGAAAGAAAUUAGACUUUUUCCAUUUAAUACUGAUAAUGCAAUUUUAUUUUAUUUUUUAUAGAUUUUAUUUAUUUGAGAGAG